CGACGCCAUCCCCACUUGCACUUAUCACCCACCGCCACUACUUUCAAAUUCCCAACCAACGCUACAACACCUCCACUCUGCCAUCUCCCACCACGUCGAUAGCAGCUGCUACUCUUCGCUGAGAAGUUUCACGCUCAUCUUCCCGAACUCCGCCCUCUUGUCACCUACCCCACAAACCUUUCAGGCUCCGCAAGUCUCAUUCGCCAUGAGCGACCUCGAUCGCUACAUUUCGCUUCUACGCGCAUGCAAACCCAUUCCCGAAGCCGACGUUCGGCAGCUAUGCUACAAGGCGCGCGAGCUCCUCAUCGAAGAAUCCAAUGUCCAGAUUGUCGACGCCCCCGUGACCAUCUGCGGCGACAUCCACGGGCAAUUCCACGACCUGAUGGAGCUGUUUCGCGUUGGUGGCGACGUGCCGGACACAAACUACCUGUUCAUGGGCGACUUCGUGGACCGCGGGUUCUACUCUCUCGAAUCGUUUCUCCUCCUCCUCAGUCUCAAGGUGCGGUACCCCGAUCGCAUCACCCUCAUUCGCGGCAACCACGAGUCGCGGCAAAUCACUACCGUCUACGGAUUCUACGACGAGUGCAUGCGCAAGUACGGCUCCGCAAACGUGUGGCGGUAUUGCUGCGAGGUGUUCGACUACCUAGCGCUCGGUGCAUUGGUGAUCGGUGCCGGCCCAGCCGUCGGCUCAGGCGACACCGAGUGUGAACAGGAGAUUGUGCAGACGAAUGGCGACGUGACGCGACUCCGGCGGAAUGGUCCCAGUUUGGUGAACGCGGAGGCGGCAAGGGAGAUGGCACAGGCACCGCAACAGAACUCCGGCGGUGCAAUUCUCUGUGUCCACGGUGGCCUGUCGCCCGUGAUUGCCAGCGUCGACUCGAUCAGACUGUUAGAUCGCAAACAGGAAGUGCCACACGAAGGUGCGAUGUGUGAUUUGCUAUGGUCCGAUCCAGACGAUAUCGACGGCUGGGGACUGUCUCCUCGUGGUGCGGGCUUCCUUUUCGGCGCGGAUAUCGUGAAACACUUUAACCAUGCCAACAACCUUUCAUUGAUCGCUCGUGCGCAUCAACUGGUCAUGGAGGGCUUCAAGGAGAUGUUCGAUUCGUCGAUAGUAACGGUGUGGUCGGCGCCCAACUACUGCUACCGCUGCGGCAACGUAGCCGCGAUACUGGAGCUGAACGAAGAGAACGGGCCCGUGCUGCGCAGUAGCGGUGAGCGAGGAGGCGGCACGGUGGGUGGUAUCGGCGGCGGCGGCAUAUCAGUCAAGGCGGGGCCUGGCCGGCGAUACCGCGUGUUCGAAGCAGCGCCGCAAGACUCCCGAGGAAUGCCGGCCAAGAAGCCGGUCGCGGAUUACUUUUUGUAAUGGGACGGUGACGGGUCACGACGACAUGAUGGAAUGUAGAUUUUUUCUCGGUUCGAUCUCUUUCUUUUCCGCAUUCUAUACCUGUGCCCUGCUCUGCUCUGAUUUGCGUGUUUCUUUUGAUUUCCUGAUGCUCUCUUCGAGGUUUGGAGAUUGGCAUUGGCAUGAUGGAAGCUUCUAUUUGUGUAUAAUAUUAUCCAGUCACGGAUAUCUGCAGAUUCCCAUGCCUGUGAACUUGGAGUGUCGCUAGCUAUUGUGGCUGAGACACCAAAGCAUACCCAUCACUAUCAGCC